AAGAGGUUGAAAAUGUAUUUCCUUAGGAAUAUGAGUCAAUCUGGAAAUUUUAAAGUAUUUAUUACUCGGCCUGAUAUGCCUGAAAACGGUGUUACAAUGUUAAAGAAACAAUGUAAUGUAAUAGCUUGGAAAGCGCCGUUACCGAUCCCAAGAGCUGAUCUGCUAAAGUCUGUCUCUGGAAUGAAUGCUAUUUUUGUAUCUAUGAAAGAUAGAAUUGAUAAAGACGUGCUGGAUGCAGCUGGUACGGAUUUGAAGGUUAUCGCAACAAUAUCGGUGGGCUACGACCACAUAGACGUAGCCGAAUGUAAGAAAAGAGGCAUCAAAGUUGGACACACACCUGGAGUUUUGACUGAUGCUACAGCAGAAUUAACUCUGGCGUUACUAUUAUCAACAUCGAGACGUUUACCCGAAGCUCAGCUUGCUGCAAAAACAGGAGGUUGGGCGAAUUGGUCCCUAACUUGGAUGACAGGACCUGGUCUAACCGGCACCACAGUUGGUAUUGUGGGCUUUGGUAGAAUUGGCCAAGCCGUUGCCAAACGCAUCAAGUCAUUUAACACAUCUCAAAUACUAUACUUCAACCGAAGCGAUCGACCCGAAGCCAAAGAAAUUGGCGCCAUUAAAGUCACCUUUGACGAACUUCUUGUUAAAAGUGACUUCGUAAUCUGCUGCGUAUCUUUAGACCCAUCUACGAAGGAGAUGUUUAAUAAAUGCGCUUUUGAGAAGAUGAAGAAAACAGCGAUCUUUAUUAACACGAGUCGUGGUGGUACUGUAGACCAAGAUGCGUUGAUAGAAGCGUUACAAAAUAGUACGAUAAGAGCGGCUGGAUUGGACGUGACAACUCCUGAACCCUUACCACUUGACAAUCCAUUGUUUAAACUAAAGAACUGUGUUGUUUUACCUCAUAUUGGUAGUGCUACCAUAGAGGCAACGAAUACUAUGGCAGAAUUGACAGCUAAGAACAUCCUAGCAGCUUUAAACGGAACGGAGAUGCCAGCAGAAUUGAAGUAG